AUGGUCUCCAAAACUAUGCAGGACCAUAGCGACUACACCGUCUCCAUACACUACGACCGCAGGCUGUACCGGCAGGACAUCGCCGGCUCCAAGGCCCACGCGGCCAUGUUGGCGCAGCAGGGCAUCAUCCCCAGGGACGAUGCCGAUGCCAUAAUUGUCGGCUUGUCCGCUGUGCAGGACGAGAUCGAACGGGGUGACUUCCCGUGGGAUCCGGCGCUCGAAGACCUGCACAUGAACAUCGAACGCCGGCUCACCGACCUGAUCGGUCCGGCCGGAGCGCGCCUGCACACCGGUCGCUCGCGCAACGACCAGAUCGCCCUGGAUAUGCGCCUGUACACCCGCGCCGCCAUUGACGACACGAUUGCCGGUUUGCGGUCUGUGCAGCGCGCCCUCGUCGACCUGGCAGGGCAAUACCAGGAAGUCCUGAUGCCGGGCUACACGCACUUGCAGCGCGCGCAGCCGGUGCUGUUCGCUCACCACAUGCUGGCCUACUUCGAAAUGUUGCAGCGCGACGUCGGCCGCUUCACGGAUUGCGCCGUCCGCAUGGACGUGCUCCCCCUGGGUAGCGGAGCCUUGGCCGGCGUCCCGUAUCCCACCGAUCGCAUCGCCGUCGCUUUGGCUCUGGAAUUUGCGGAGAUCAGUCCCAACAGCAUGGACGCCGUGGCCGAUCGCGAUUUUCUCGCCGAGUUCCAUGCCGCCGCCGCCAUCGCCAUGAUGCACAUUUCCCGACUGUCCGAGGAGAUCGUCAUCUGGUCCAGCCGCGAGUUCGACUUCGUGCGCCUGCCCGACGAAUUCACCACCGGCAGCAGCAUCAUGCCCCAGAAGAGAAACCCCGAUUUCGCCGAAAUCGCCCGUGGCAAAACUGGUCGGGUUUACGGCAGUCUGAUGGGCAUCCUAACCGUCCUCAAGGGCCUGCCCUUGACUUACAACCGGGACCUGCAGGAGGACAAGGAGGGUUUCUUCGAUACUGUGGAUACCCUGCUGUCCACCCUGUCCGUCUUCGCCGACAUGUUGCCGGGAAUGAAACUGAACACGCACCGCGUCGAAUCCCUGGCCAGUGAGAGUUAUAUGCUCGCCACGGAUCUUGCCGACUACCUGGUGGGCAAGGGAGUGCCCUUCCGCGACGCCCACGGCGUCAUGCGCCGGCUGUGCCAGCACUGCGAAGCCGAUGGCAUGUCCCUUUCCGACCUCCCCAUCGCCGAGUACCAACGCUUCGCGCCCCAAUUCGAUGAUGACGUGUAUGCCAUAACGGCCGCCGCAUCUGUCGCCGCACGCGACAAUCCGGGCGGCACGGCGCCGAACCGGGUCGCCGAGGGCCUCGCCCGCGCCAAAUCAAUCCUGACGAGCACCGAGACACAGUGA